AUGGCGACUCUCAUGCAGGAUCCAGGCGAGAAAUCGCUCGACAAACUCCUUGCAACCCUGACGUGCGUGCUGCACCCCGAGACCUAUGUCUUUACCACGCUCGACAAGACGGCAUCACCACCUCCGCUCGAUCAAGUCCAGCUGCUCUUCCGCGAGAGCGAAAGCAUCACCGCCAUUGUCAGCAAGAAAUAUGCCGAGGAAAACGAGAUGGAUUACUUUUUUCCUAGCAGGAUGAUUACACUCAAUGUCACGUCGAGCCUCGAGGCGGUGGGCUUCAUGGCCGUCAUCGCGACGAGGCUGGCGACAUUGGAAAUGGGCGUCAACCCGGUCAGCGGCUUCUACCACGAUCACCUCUUUUUGCCCGAGGACAGAGCAGCGGAAGCCGUGGAGGAGCUGAACAAGUUGGCGGAAGAAAGGAGGCGAGAUUUGGAGUAG